AUGAGUGUAAGGGUCGAGAAGAUCCUCGAGUCCCUGACUUUGGAGGAAAAGAUUACUCUUCUCGCUGGCAAAGACUUCUGGGAAACGGUCCCUAUUCCAGAGAAGGGUGUUCCUGCAAUCAAGGUAUUUUACGAUCCAACAACAAGCUUGACCAAGACAGCUAACAGUGUGGAGACGAGCGAUGGGCCGAAUGGUGCCCGUGGUGAGGUGUUUACGGGAGGUCCUACAGCAGCCUGCUUUCCGGCUGCGGUCUGCUCAGCUGCAACAUGGGACCCAAAACUCUCCAAGAAGAUAGGACGAGCUUUGGCAGAAGAGACCAAGACCAAGGGCGCACGCGUACUUCUUGCCCCCACCAUGUGUAACCACCGACACCCGCUUGGAGGCCGAAAUUUCGAGAGUUUCUCCGAGGACCCAUUGUUAGCCGGUAAGAUGGCUGCAAACGUUGUGAAGGGGUUGCAAGACCAUGGAAUUGCCGCCACUAUCAAGCACUUUGUUGCAAAUGAGCAGGAAACUGAUCGUCUGAGGGUUGACACCAUUGUCAGCGAGCGGGCAUUGCGGGAGAUUUAUAUGAAACCCUUUGAGAUCACCAUUAAAGAGGCCAACCCCCUAGCUGUCAUGACUUCUUACAACAAAGUCAACGGCAUCCACGCCGAUUCAAAUGAGUUUCUCCUGAAGAAAGUGUUGAGAGGAGAGUGGGGAUGGGAGGGGCUUGUCAUGUCCGACUGGGGCGGCACCAACUCGACCGUUGAUGCUCUCAACGCGGGACUGGAUCUGGAAAUGCCCGGACCAACGCGACUGCGUUCAGUCGAUGCUGUGGUCGAGGCGGUACGGAACGGCGAGGUCACUGAACAUACGAUUAGCCAACGUGCCAGGAAUAUCUUGAAACUUAUUGAACAAGUUGGCGCUUUUGAAAACCCAGAAAUACCGCCAGAAACGUCCGUUGUUGACCCUAGACAUGGCCAACUCAUUCGCGACGUUGCCGGCCAGGGCAUAACGCUGCUGAAAAACAAGGACGGCAUCCUACCCCUAAGAAAAGAAGAUAUGAAAGGGAAGCUCAUCGGCUUGUUUGGCUUGGCUAAGGAGGCUUUGAUUCAUGGCGGUGGAAGUGCAUCUCUCAACGCACAUUAUCGCAUCUCGCCAGAGGAGGGUUUACGAUCGGCCUAUGGCAACGACGUCAAAUUUGAAUUCGCAAAGGGAGCUCAUACAUAUCGUCUUUUACCACCGCUAGCCCAUGACUGUAAGGAUCUACAGGGAGGUGACGGCUGGACCAUGCAACUCUUCCGGAUGGGCCAUGCCGAUCGGGCUAUCAAAACGGUGCACGCGUUUAAAGAUUUAUCAUUUAGCCCUCUACUCUAUAAUGAAGCCAAGGACAAGGAGGUCAGGUUGCAGGCGACCUUUGUCCCCAGCCAGUCAGGCUCCCACUAUCUCGGGUGCUCAGGCAUCGGGCCCACAACCGUCACCAUCAACGAUAAAGUAGUCUACGAACAAAAAGGAAACUCCCCAGACCCCAUGGGUUUCCUCCUGGGCGGAAAUAACGAGGAAGAGUUCACCGUGGACUUUGAACGCGGACACUCGUACAAGAUACGAAUCCAUUCGAAACCACCAAUCGGCGGGGAAAGCUGGGGCAUAUUGGCUGGCCUUCCCGGCUUCAGAAUGGGCUUGAUGACUCAAGAGGAUCACGAUGUAGAUAUGCUCACCGAGGCCAAGAAUCUCGCACAGAAAUGCGACGUUGCCAUUGUCUUCACAGGCCACACGCCCGCAUGGGAGACCGAGGGCCAAGAUCAGGUUAGCUUUCACCUGCCGCGCGCCGGCUCCCAAGACACGCUCGUCGAAACAGUAGCAUCGGCCAACAGCAACACAAUCGUCGUCAAUUCGACCGGUGUCGCCGUGGCCCUCCCAUGGCUUCCCAAGGUUUCCGCCUUCAUUCAAGCCUGGUUUCCCGGCCAGGAAGCCGGCAACGCUAUUGCCGACAUCCUCUCCGGCGCUGUCAAUCCAUCCGGUAGACUCCCCAUUUCCUGGCCCAAGCGCAUCCAGGAUACGCCCGCGUAUGCGAAUUUCCCGGGCCACAGGCACAACGGCCAGCUCACGGUGCGGUACGAAGAGGAUGUUUUUGUGGGCUAUCGUCAUUACGAUCGCAUUGCUGGGGAUCGGCUGGAAUUCCCGUUUGGGUUUGGUCUUUCAUACACUGCGUUCCGGCUGGGGAAUGGGCGGGUAUGUCAGAUUGAUUCCGAGGCGUUUACGGCGAGGGUUGAUGUCGAGAACGUGGGUCGGGUGGCUGGGAGUCUGGUGGUGCAAUUGUAUGUUGGUCGCAAGGUGUACUCGGAAGAGCAUCCGGUCAAGACGCUGGUUGCGUUUCAAAAGGUCUUUGUCGGCCAAGGUGAAUCACAGACGGUGGAGUUGUCGUUUGGCAUGCUGGACUUUGCCUAUUUUCAUGAGGCGUCGCAGUCGUGGAGGGUGGACAAGGGUGAAUACGUCUUCUCGUUUGGACAGUCAGUCGUGGAUAUUGGAUGUGUGGAUACGUUGCAUCUCAGAGGGCUAUAA